UAACGCGCGCCCCAGCCCGCUCCUAACAACAAGGUUCCUCGAGUGGCGGGUUCCCUGGUUACGAGGCAGGGAUGAGUGAUUCGGAGCGCGGCCCAGCCCCAGGUGAGGAGGAUGGUGGGGAGCCCGAGGAAGAAGGGGAAGAGGAGGAAGAAGAGGUCGCUGCUGGGGAUGUGGAUGCCGAGACUGCGCCGGGUGGGCGGAAGGCUCGUGGUGGGCGGAAGGCCCGGGGUAGGCCUCGCCUCACCGAGUCUGACCGGGUACGACGACGCCUCGAAUCCCGCAAGAAAUACGACGAGCGGCGGGUCUACCUGGGCGAGUCUCACGGCCCGUGGGUGGACCUGAGGCAGCGCAGUGGCUGGAGUGACGCCAAGCUGGCGGCUUAUUUGCUGGAACUGGAACGAGAACAGCGGGCCAGGCGCCGCGGAAAACCAUGGGAACAGAUGCCUUAUGAGCCACAGCGAAAGAAAAGAAGAAGGCGGAAUGUGAACUGCCUGAAGAACACAGUCAUCUGGUAUGAAGAUCACAAGAACCGCUGCCCAUAUGAACCUCUCCUCUCUGAGCUGGAUCCCAACUUUGGGAUGUACACCACAGCUGUGUGGCAGUGUGAUGCAGGGCACCGCUAUUUCCAGGACUUACACUCGCCACUUAAACCACUCAGUGAUUCUGAAGAAGAAUGUGACAAUGUUGCCAAUGGCACUGGAGUUGGAAGCUCUGAAUCUUCAGAAGAAAACUCUUGCUCUGAGACAGAGGAACAACUGGAGAAUGAGAAGGACAAGUCCCAGGUUCAGCAACCCUCAGCAAAUGCAGAAGGAGAAAAUGCCAGUGGGCUCAUCACGCAGGAUGGCAUCCAUAUUCCAUUUGAACACCAUAUUGAGAACUUACGAGCAGAACAGGGUACUAGCAUGUGCCACAAUCCACCCCUCAAUGGGCCAGAGACAAUGGAGACUGUGGUAUGCGUGCCAGUGCCCAUGCAGAUGAGUUCAGGCCAUGGAACUCUGUUUGAGAAUGUUUCACAAGAGACACUUGGUGAAGUAGUAGCCAGCUGCCCUGUGCAGGGGAUGAUGCAAGGCUCGCAGGUGAUCAUCAUUGCUGGGCCCGGCUAUGAUUCUCUCACAGCAGAGGGAAUCCAGCUGAAUGUCACCAGCACAGGAGGAGAGGAGCUGCCUUGUGCUGUGAUUGAAGGCGUAGCAGCUUAUACUCAGGCUGAGCCUGAGAAUGGACAGCACAGUAGCACCGAAAGCGUGGAAUACAUCAAAGCCAAAAAAGAAAACGAAGCGCUUUUUAAACUCAAAAAAGAAGAGCAUCAUCCUCCAACAGAAACAGAAGCAUCCUGUGACUCAAAACCAGCCCAUGAAGGUGAGGGGCAGGAACCAGAGCCUGAACCUGAGGAGGAGACGGAUGGAAACAACAUGUCAUCCAUUAUUUAUGAGAUUCCAAAGGAGCCUGAAAAGAGGCGGCGGAGCAAAAGAGGUCGUGUCAUAGAUGCAGAUGGCAUGUUGGAGAUGUUCCACUGUCCUUAUGAAGGAUGCACCCAAGUCUAUGUAGCGCUUAGUAGCUUCCAGAAUCAUGUUAAUCUUGUUCAUCGGAAAGGAAAGACGAAGGUGUGCUCGCACCCAGGUUGUGGCAAAAAGUUUUACCUGUCUAAUCAUCUUCGAAGACACAUGAUAAUUCAUUCAGGAGUCCGUGAAUUUACCUGUGAGACUUGUGGGAAAUCCUUCAAGCGGAAGAACCAUCUGGAAGUCCAUCGCCGAACGCACACAGGAGAGACACCGCUCCAGUGUGAGAUUUGUGGCUAUCAGUGCCGACAGAGGUCUUCUCUCAACUGGCAUAUGAAGAAGCAUACCUCAGAAGUCCAGUACAACUUCACUUGCGAGUACUGUGGCAAGCGUUUUGAGAAGCUGGACAGUGUCAAGUUUCACAAACUAAAGAGCCACCCAGACCAGAAGGCUGCUUGAUACUGAAUCAUUUUAAUUAUUGUUCCUCCAAGUAACCUAAACCAGCUGCGGGCAUGUCUUGCACAUGCACAGCUGAAGACAUGGUGUGUGCUUCCCACUGCACAAGGAUCUGUCCCUCUUGUUAGGAUGAUACGGGGUAGCUUUUUUAGACCAGUUGGUGACUGACAUAAAAAGCUUCAAGUUUGAUGUGCAAGUGUCAGUGUGCUCAGGGUGUUUGGACAGCAUAAAAUCAAAUCAUCCUAUAACUGGAGAUUAUGGUGCUAAGCUGUCCUGUUUCUCCAAGGGGGAAAGAACAGUGGAAACAAUAGCCAAGAAUAAUCUUACCCAAUUGAAGCAUCAGUACUUUGCUAUCUGAUGAGCAGCACCUUCCACAUUUUAGCCGCCUGAUACUUGAUCUGAAGGAGGAGUGCAGCUGUGAAAGGUCCAGUUCCAUAUCAUUUAAGUAUGGAGAAACUACUUCCGAUGUAAAACUCCAGGCCUAGUUCAUGUGGCUGUUUUAUAUCUAUUGACAACAGUGUAAGAAAAUUACUGGCUGAUAAUGCGUUAAUUAAAUUUUCUCGAAAAAGUUGGUUGAAUGAUAGUCAUAAAUUGGCCUAAACAUGGUUCUACUGUCAGGAACCAUUUCCCCCUCAACCUUCAGGGCUAUUGCAUUGGAAGACAAUCCAGAGUUAGCAUUUGUACCCAUUUUCUCACAAUAUUUGUGUCCUGUAGAGCAGAGAUUCUGAUACUGGGUAUACCCAUGCUCCAGCUCCAAGUUCCUUUAUUAUUCUGGUUAUCUGUGCCCAUCCUCUAUAGUUUGCCAUAUUCACAGUCUUGUUUGCAAAUAAGGAAUUGCUGAAGUUUAAUGCCAUAGGUGUAUGCUUUUUUAUUAUAUUGAAUAUUAAGAAA